AUGGUUGUAGUGAUUGGCCUGCCAGGCAAGGAUGACUAUGCUGUGGGGGGCACUCCGUCCGAGGCAAGCGCUCCAGGUGAAGAAUUUGAGCGCCUGCAGCAGGCUCUUCAGCAGAAUCUCGAGGCCCUUCAGGACCUGCGAGCCAAACUGGCUCCUUAUCAGGAUUCUUCUCGCUCUGGCCUGCUGUGGCGAUGGGCAGAUGUGGUCUCUGUGGCUUCGCGCUUCCGGGAGGCGCUGCGACUACCAUCGAAGGCGCAGCGUGCCCUGGCUGUAGUCCCUGCUGCGGCAGCGACUGGAAACGGUGCAGCCCUCUCACGGCGGUUCUCGGAAGUGGACCUUUCAGAUAACAUUGCAGAAUUUACAACCAUCUCUGGCCUUUUCCUCGCGGCCGUGAUAGGCUUGCUGGGAUGCGGGGUUGCUGCAGCCUGGCAUCACUUCGGUUGGGCUGCAGGGCUCUUUGCGUUCGGGGCGGCCAACUCGGUGCUGUUGCGGAAUUACUCGCGGCUACACCUGCCUCACAUCCGCCGGCGGCUAGAACAUCGGUUGAAAGAAUUGUCGCAACAGAAGGAUACCUUGCUCAAAGACGUGCAGCAGGUGCAGAGCGCCUCCCGUAAGACCGGGAUGGUGCAGGUGCGAGCUCACAUUUUCUUGCAGAGUGUCAACGUGAUUCGAAACAUUGACUACCUGACGCGCUGCAUCAAAACAGAGGUGCAGCGCUUGUCCUCAGACCGGAACCCUCGGAAAGCUCAGCUGCGGCGUCGGUUGGCUUCCAGCGGCCUGCAGCUGUUGUUGGCAUUGCUCCCUCACAGCCCACCGCAGUGGCAGCAGGAAGCCCUGGGAGGUGAGAACUGCAUCGAGCUCGCCUCCCUGCUGUAUGCCCGUCGCAGAGGAUUGUCAGCAGCCCUGGCCUCUGGCAUCUUAUCCAGCGGUUACACAGAGUCCCGAAAGCGGCUGUGGCUGCUGUUCAGGAUGGUUCACCUCAGCUCUGCGAUCCCAACAGAGGUGCAGGGCAAGCUGAGUGCCCUUGUGGACAGCUAUCUACGCCCUGUGUUGGUUGAGCGUCGUGUCCCAACAGGCUACUGCCAACCACUGGGCCCAUCGGCCAGUUCCCAUGCCAUGCUGGAAGACAGCAAGCGUGGAGGCUCUGACGAGCUGGGUGAGGAGGAACAGCACUCGACCAAAGGUGCGAGCGUGUCGAGUGCGGCUCGCAGUGCAGAAAGUGACGAGCAAACUGCAGAGAGUGAGGACACCUUCUCUUUCUGUGCGUCCACCGCAUCCCAGUCCAAGAUCUCCAGCACAUCUUGUGACCGCAUGGGAGACACCUCCAAAGCAGUGCGCAAGCUUUUCGCAACUCGGAGUGACAUCACCCAGGUCUUAAAGCGGCUUCCCGCACAGGCUCUGAUGUCGCCGGCGGGUUCUACGACACAGACGGACACUAUCCUGCGAGAUAUCUUUACCUCGGUGGCCGUGGGCCUGCCUGCAUCCCUUCUUCCGGAGGGGACCGGCGGGAAGAGUCAAGGUAGUCAAAGCAAGGCAAGAGUGGCACUGGCCACCGGCUACCAGUACAGCGACAGGCCGUACAACUUGUCCCGGGUCCAGACUACGGUGAACCUCAAGGUUGCCGUGCCCAUCCAGGCUGGACAAACCGGAGGAGGCCCUCUUGAAAUGGCCGUGCAGCUGUGCAACCUCUCUGACUCGGAGCCAUCUGCAGUCGAUGCACUCUCCGCCUGGAGCGACCUUGCUGGGGCCCUACCCCUUCGCUUCAACGACUCGGCGCUGAGAGUGCGCCGACGCCACCUGAAGAAAGCCAAGGAAGCUUUGCGUUCGCUGCCGCGUGGCUAG